CUCUGAAGACAAGGAGGAUUUCUGGCUAAGGGAGAUGUGACCGGUAUGGACAUGGACAAGAUGAAGGACAACACUGUGAUCGCCCUGAUGGUUGCAGGGCUGGGGGUGUUAUGCUGGGGGACGGUAGCCCCGGACGACCCUCAGUGCCAGCAGGUGGAGCACCCUGUGGUUACCAGUGGAGAAAUUGCUCCCUGGUUACGUGUUUUCAGAGCAGAAAAUGCUGUUGACUUUUCCCAGAUAACGUUUGAUUCCAAACAAGAAGAACUUAUUAUCGGAGCAAGAAACUACCUCUUCAGAUUACAUCUUGAGGAUCUUUCUCUGAUUCAGGGUGUGGAAUGGCAAUGUGAUGAAGCUACUACGAAAGCAUGUUACAGUAAAGGCAAAUCAAAGGAAGAAUGCCAGAAUUAUAUUCGUGUUCUCCUUGUUGGAGGGGACCGGCUCUUUGCAUGUGGAACAAAUGCUUUUACACCCAUUUGCACUAACCGGACGUUGAGUAACCUGGAAGAGACGCACGAUCAGAUCAGUGGCAUGGCCCGCUGUCCGUACAGCCCCCAGCACAACUCCACGGCCCUGCUCACAAACACUGGCGAGCUCUACGCGGCGACCGUCAUGGACUUUCCAGGAAGGGAUCCUGCUAUCUAUCGUAGUUUGGGGGCCCUUCCUCCUCUCCGGACUGCGCAGUACAACUCCAAGUGGCUCAAUGAACCAAAUUUUGUAUCGUCAUAUGAUAUUGGAAACUUCUUCUACUUCUUCUUCCGAGAAAAUGCUAUGGAAUAUGACUGCGGGCAAAUAGUUUACUCCCGGGCUGCCCGAGUGUGUAAGAACGACAUCGGAGGCCGAUUUUUACUGGAGGAUACCUGGACCACCUUCAUGAAAGCGCGCUUGAACUGUUCCCGCCCAGGAGAAAUUCCAUUUUACUACAAUGAAUUACAGAGUACGUUCUACCUGCCAGAACUGGACUUAGUCUACGGGAUCUUUACCACUAAUGUGAACAGCAUUGCCGUCUCGGCUGUCUGUGUGUUCAACAUGACUGCCAUAACCCAGGUCUUCAACGGCCCUUUCAAGUACCAGGAGAACUCGCGGUCUGCCUGGCUGCCAUAUCCAAACCCGAACCCUAGCUUCCAGUGUGGCACUAUGGACCAAGGCCUUUAUCUGAAUCUGACCGAAAGGAAUCUCCAGGAUGCUCAGAAAUUUAUUCUGAUGCACGAGGUCAUUCAGCCAGUCACACCCGUUCCUUAUUUCAUGGAGGACAACAGCCGGUUUUCUCACGUGGUCGUGGAUGUGGUACAAGGCAAAGAGAUGCUCUUCCAAGUCAUCUAUUUGGCCACAGACCACGGCACUAUCAAGAAGGUUCUGGCUCCCGUUAAUCAGACAGCGAGCAGCUGCUUGUUGGAGGAGAUUGAGAUUUUCCCAGAGAAGCAAUGGGAGCCCAUCCGGAGCCUGCAGAUUUCGCACAGCCGGAGUGCUCUCUACGUGGGCCUCCAGGGAAGCGUCGUGAAGAUCCCGCUGAAGAGAUGCCAGUUCCACAAAACACGCAGCACGUGUGUCGGAUCCCAGGAUCCUUACUGCGGCUGGGAUCAGGUACUGAAGAAAUGCACGCCACUAGAAGAAAGCCUGAGCAUGAGCCAGUGGGAGCAAAGCAUCGCCAUGUGUCCGACAAAGAACUUGACGGUGGACGGCUCUUUUGGAUCCUGGUCGGAGUGGAAACCUUGUACGCAUGUGGAUGGCUCCAGCGUGGGCGUCUGUCUUUGCAGGACACGCUCGUGUGAUAACCCACCUCCGGCUUGUGGAGGCCAGCCGUGUGAAGGGCCAAGCAUGGAAAUUGUCAAUUGCUCCAGGAAUGGAGGCUGGACUCCUUGGACUUCUUGGUCUCCUUGUAGCACCUCCUGUGGGAUUGGCUUCCAAGUCCGCCAGCGCUCCUGCAGUAACCCAAGCCCUCGGCAUGGAGGCCGUGUGUGUGUGGGACAGAACCGGGAAGAACGGUAUUGCAAUGAGCAUUUACUGUGCUCCCCGCACAUGUUCUGGACUGGCUGGGGCGCUUGGGAACGUUGUACAGCCCCGUGCGGAGGAGGGAUUCAGGCCCGCCAUCGGGCAUGCGAAAACGGCCCCGACUGUCCCGGUUGCAGCAUUGAAUAUCAAGCGUGCAACACUAGCCCCUGCCCGGAGCUGAAGAAGACAACCCCGUGGACUCCAUGGACUCCAGUCAAUAUCUCUGACAAUGGAGGGCACUAUGAGCAGCGGUUCCGAUACACCUGCAAGGCGCAACUACCUGAUGCAAGUUUGCUAGAUGUGGGAAGGCAGAGGAUUGAAAUGCGUUACUGUUCCAGUGACGGCUCCACAGGAUGCUCAACAAACGGAGAUUUCAUGCGUUCUGGACAUUAUUCUGCCCACACCAUUAAUGGUGCCUGGUCCCCCUGGUCCCCGUGGUCUCAGUGCAGCCGUGACUGCAGCCGGGGCAUUCGGAACCGCAAACGCCUUUGCAACAACCCUGAGCCAAAAUAUGGAGGCCUGGCCUGCGUGGGGCCGUCUCUGGAGUACCAAGAGUGCAACAUCCUUCCAUGCCCAGUUGACGGAGGCUGGUCUUGUUGGUCAUCGUGGUCUAAGUGCUCUGCCACUUGUGGAAGUGGGCAUUACAUGAGAACACGUUCCUGUACAAACCCGGCGCCAGCUUAUGGAGGGGACAUCUGUCUGGGACUCCAUACCGAAGAAGCACUCUGCAAUACGCAACAGUGCCCAGAUAGCUGGUCUCACUGGUCAGAGUGGUCCGGGUGCGAUCCCUCUGGUGCCCAGUUCCGUGCCCGCCAGUGUGAUGUUCUGUUUCCUGUGGGUCACCAGUGUUCUGGGAAUACCACUGAGAGCCGACCGUGUGUUUCAGAUUCCAAUUCGAUACCAGACGUAGCGGUAGCCCGAACCAGCAGCAUCAAAGAGAGACGCUGCGGUGAGUUUAACAUGUUCCACAUGACCGCCGUGGGGCUGAGCAGCUCCAUCCUUGGGUGCCUUCUAACUCUUCUGGUUUACACCUAUUGCCAACGGUACCAGCAGCAGUCCCACGACGCAACCGUCAUCCACCCCGUGUCUCCUGCGCCUCUGAAUACCAACAUCACUAACCAUCUCAACAAGCUGGACAAAUAUGAUUCCCUGGAAGCCAUCAAGGCAUUUAACAAGAAUAAUCUCAUUCUAGAAGAGCAGAAUAAGUACUUCAACCCGCACCACACUUCGAAGGCAUAUUCCAACGCCUACUUCACAGACCUGAAUCACUACGAUGAGUAUUAAGUGGGUCUCUGUCUCCCCACGGCCCAUUAAGAGCAGACCCUGAGUUGUUAGUGUCUCGCAGAUGCCAAUAAAAAAAAAAUUACAAUCAGGACCUGUCUGGGCAAAAGCUGUCCUUUCCAAAGCUGCGUAUCGCAGUAUAAUUUCAUAUCAAGACGAAGAGAGGCUAGAUGAAGGUCAUUUCUAUUUUCGGCUUGUAUUCAGUUUGCCGCCAUUCUACUAAUUCAUAUUUUCAGCCUCUCAAAAGGCGAUUUGAAAAUGAUUAGAUACUUCCCACAGGACAUUGCUUCACAAUCGCCUAGCAGAAUUUCUUUCGGCAAGUGGGUUGCCUCUCUGAAACGCCACAACAGAACGAAAAAGCCGUCGAAGGCCUCAGAAGUAAUCCAGUGGAAUUGUCCUGAAUGUUGGUAGCAAGCCCAAGAACUCCGCUGUCCAUGCCUGAGUUGGUGCCACCUUCUGUGCCAGGUUUUUAGAGCUGUGUAACAGUUUGGGGGCGGGGGGCGCUUGAAGAAACGGGAAGUGAUUAUGGUGGGGCUGCGAGCCUGAAUUGGCGCAAGGGAUGUUUGCAGAGCAAGCAGUGGAAGCAGUGAAGAUCGGCAUCCUUGAGGACUGUUUUAAUCGGCUGGAGAGGGAAGCAAGGGUACUAUUUCUGCAUGAUAUUGCUUCACAUGGAUUGCUGUACUAGCAUGGCUGUUUGCUUAGCCUGCAUAACUAUACUGAGUCCACCUGGGUUGUCCAUCACAACAUUCAUAAGCACAUUAGAGCACACAACUGGAAGAAGGCUUCCUUGCAGGUCUGUCUGUUUCCUUUGCUGUGACAUGCUAAGGAGCGGGUGCAAAAGCACAAACACUCCUAUUUUUAGGUGGUCCCCCCCCCCAAAGAAAAAUUCAUCAAGGAAAACAAUGGCAUAAAGUGUAUCAGAUCAUCGUUGUAAUAAUUUUGAAGAACUAACUGAGCUUGGCUG